AUGACACUUGUGCCGCACACGCAGGAACUGCAGCAAGAGGUGGAGACUUUGCAGCAACUGCGCCACGGACUGCACGAUGCCUACAUCGUCGAACCCAAGGUAGGCCAGGGUAUCGUGAAGGACGUCACGGCGGUUGAGGCUCACCGCACCGUGGACGCGCAUACGUUGAGCGUGCUCAAGUCACCUAACUACCCCUUCAUUCUUUGCGAGGAGGCGCCGCCAUCGUACGUUCCGCCGCCAGUGCCGUACAACGUCGAAGGAGAGAUCGACUCGCUGAAGCAGCGCGUGCUGCAGGUGCAGGAGGACUUACAAUGCUACCAGAAGCAUCACGGCCGCGGCGACACACCGCUGUCGGCGUCGCAGGUGCUUGACUUUUUUGCCCAUAACAGAACCUACGCCGAGGUGGCUUGGGAGGUAUCGUCGCUGAAGUGGUUCUACCGCUGGGUUCUCUCCCACUCGAUCAGUCACCUGUGGAACUGCAAGGAGCAGCUCGAGUACGUGCUCACCGAGGAUGACAAAGGCUUGCCGCAGACGACGGAGGAGAUGGAUGCGUGUCUGCAAGCACACCCCUUUGCUGACGCCGUCUCCCUCCUGGACAGCGAACGACAGGCAGUCGUGGCGCAGGAGCGUCGCCGUCUGCGAUCAGUUAGCCGUAUUUUUCGUGAAAACGUGCCGGCAAUUGCGGUGACAGCUGCGACGAGUUGCUACCUCACUUCAGAGGAGAAGUACAUGUACCAAGAGUUCUUCAACCAGUCGGAGCACAUGAUGCUGCUGCUUAACCAUACUUUGAUGCUUAACAAAGCCAACAGCGCACACACGAUGACACUGAAGUCUGGCCCCGACAGCACCAGCUGCGGGUUACUGUCAAACCAGCAGAGUUCAGCCCAGAGCUGCUUGCAGGACAGCGGUGCCCUUUUCCCUCGGAGCGAGUCGGCCGUUAGCGUGAUGGAUACUGCGAGUCUUACCAAAGAGACUCUCCAUGCUGUUUCCGCCGAGCAGGAUAUGAUAAAAGCACUCAUGAAUACGAUCCGCGAGCGUCAGCAGCGUGGCGAGUGCUUUGGCGUGUCAGCAGCCGAGCGCGAGCGCAUUCGUGCCGCUCAGAUCGCCGUUUACGGUUGUGUGCUGAGCGAUAUGAGUCUCAUGUCGCACCAGAUGAAUCUCGUUGCCGAAUUCAUGGAGCACUACGAUUCGUGGCUAAAGCUGCGCGGCUACGACACUCACGAUCAGUUGAUGAUUGCGCUGUCGAAGCGCAGUGGUGGUAUUGGGUGGCCGAUGCUCAGCACUCACGACCAGUACGGUACCGAGGGCAGGCACAGCCACUUUGUGCCACCGACUGAGGAGAUGAUGCGCUAUUACCGCCCGCUAGAGAAGGUGCCGAGUGAAUCAGUUGGGUUGAGGAGCAACACCUCCGCCAGAGAGGCUUCAAAACCUUUCGUCCGAAAUCUAGGUGCACCAGGAUGUGACCUGAACAACAGUGCCGCUUUCCCAUCCGUAACCGGCGCUGCAGCGCCUGCGAGGGCUGCGGCGGCAAACACUGUAGGUCAGCACGUGGAUCUUUCUUCACCCCCUGGGCCUCUUGCAGCCCGGCAGGUGACGGGCAACGACGUGGCGAACGCCUUUUACGCUCUCCUCAUCCACGCCAAUGAGGCGGUGUGCAACGGUUCUGCGACCACUGCCGAGAAGGGCGGCGGCGUCGACCGCGCCUGGCUGACAGCAUGCGUGCGCUACACUCUCGUCAAGUUACUUCGCCACGAUUGGAGCGCUGCAGACGUGGCCAAGGGUAUGCUCAGCGCAGAAGAGGCCCUGCUCGCCCUGGUAAAUCGCAAGAGGGCUUUCUCUCGCAUGAGGUCCACGACUGCGGCACUCUGCGCCGUGGUGCAGGAGGUGGCGAGGCUGUGUUCUAUCCGUAAUGCGCAACGCUCCUCCAGUGCCGAGGUACCUGUUGCAGUGCACAUGCCAGACAGCGUGGACAACGCUAAGAUUGUGGCAGACGUGACCAACCCGGUGGAACAGCAGCGGUGGGGUUCUGUGGUGGACGCUAUAUGGUUCCAGGUGGAUCCCUCGGCUGCUUCGAGUGGCGGUCUCCUGUUUCACGCGACCGCUGUGGACGGUGAGGAGACGGGUCCGGUGCCGUGCAACAAACAGAGCGCCGCUCAUUUUCUCUACAUUGAGUCCAUUGGCAUGCCGCUUCAUGCAGUGACCAGUGGUGUGACCUUCAUCACGAUGCACUAUCGUCUACCUCGCAUGUCAGCGGCUGCGGAGACGAGUCGGUGUGAGUCACCCACGCUAGCCACCAUGUCUGACGCGCAGCCGGCGCGGGGUGGUAGCUUCUCUCGCUACCACCUCGCGCGUCGUGCUUUGGCAGCGCUGUUUGAAGUAGAGGCGAGGGGCCUUCUCCCCUGCUUUGCGUGCCGCGUGUCCGAGGUGAGCGCUGUGCCUCUUGCCCAGAUGGUCUACGUCGCCUUUGACGACGGAAAUGCCAGCUCUGUGGUGGACAAGAAUCAUGUGCCGCACCUGUGCAUACUGCCACCUGCGGCAAUGGAGCUGAAGCGUAUGGAUGCUAAGGUGGGGGUGGCGCCGGCGCCAACGCGACCAACGGAAGCUCUUUACGCUGCCUACGCCGAGCCUGUCAGCUUCUGCUCGAUCGGGCUUCUUGUAGGCGGUCUGUUGGAGGGUAUUGCUGCUCGCACGCCAACUCUGCAUGACCUCUACAUGACCGCCGAGACGGUUCUGGAGCAGGCAGCGUACGAGAUCAAGUGUGGAGCGACACCUAAGGCGUUCGUGAAUGCGAGCACGCACCCGACUCCCACUGCGUGUGCGCCAACCAAAACGCGUGCCAUGAGUAUUCAGCGCGAGUCAGUUAUCAACCACAAUUCUGUCUUGAUUCAGCGCUUUAUCUCGCCGUUGCUGCGCCACAUGGAUGACAGGAUCUCCUCUUUGGAGUUCGGCGAGGGGGUAGGCAACGCUUUUGAUGGGCCGAACAGUGCGAGUCCCAGCACCCAGGCUUCGGUGUUGACGCUGCGUGGUUCGGCAGUACCAGAGCUGUCCUCCGUGGCUGGCCGCCGGACCGAAAUGAUCGACUGUGCCGGCACAAUAUCGCCGUCUCCCUCGGCGGUGCGGCCCAGCCGGCGCUAA